AUGCCGCGUUCGAAAGCUCGUGAGACAACGAUAUACUCCGGGACUUCGAUUGUCCUCUCCGUCGCAUCUGGUCGUAUUUCUUUCAUGAACGGACUUGUGGGUCCUUGUCUUGCUCUUGACACAGCCUGUUGUUCCACCCUUGUCACCAAACAUCUCGCGAGAUCAGGCCUGGAAUGA